AUGGAAACACAGCUCAUAAUAAUCUACAUAUAUCAGAUGACAGGAAAACUGUAUCCAGGUCAGAUAGAAACCAGAAUCAUCCAGAAACACCAGAGAGAUUUCAGGGUUAUCCUCAGGUGUUGA